AUGUCUGACUCGGAAGAGGUUGUUGAAGAAUGUGAGCAGGAGCAGGAAGAGGAGUAUGUGGAGGAAGAAGAGGAAGAAUGGCUGGAGGAAGAAGAGGGUCAGGAGGAACAGGUAGAGGAGGAAGAGGAGGAGACUGAAGAAGCCAAGGCAGAAGAGCAAGAAGAUGAACCAAAAGCACCAGGAGAAGGUGGAGAGGGGGAGCGAGAGCAGGAGCCUGGGGAAGGUGAAGCCAAGCCAAAGCCCAAGGUCUUCAUGCCAAACCUGGUGCCUCCCAAAAUCCCAGAUGGAGAGAGGCUGGACUUUGAUGACAUCCACCGCAAGCGCAUGGAGAAGGACCUGAACGAGCUGCAGGCCCUCAUUGAAGCCCACUUUGAGAGCAGGAAGAAGGAGGAGGAGGAGCUCAUGUCCCUCAAGGACAGGAUUGAGAAGCGGCGAGCGGAGCGUGCGGAGCAGCAGCGGAUCCGCAGCGAGCGGGAGAAGGAGCGGCAGGCGCGCAUGGCCGAGGAGAGAGCUCGCAAGGAGGAGGAGGAGGCGCGCAAGAAAGCGGAGGAGGAGGCGCGGAAGAAGAAAGCUUUCUCCAACAUGCUGCACUUCGGGGGCUACAUGCAGAAGUCAGAGAAGAAGGGUGGGAAGAGGCAAACAGAGAGGGAGAAGAAGAAGAAGAUCCUGAGCGAGCGGAGGAAGCCCCUGAACAUCGACCACCUGAGCGAGGACAAGCUGAGGGACAAGGCCAAGGAGCUCUGGCAAACCAUCCGAGACCUGGAGGCUGAGAAGUUCGACCUGCAGGAGAAGUUCAAGCGGCAGAAGUAUGAGAUCAACGUCCUCCGAAACCGAGUCAGCGACCACCAGAAAGUCAAAGGGUCGAAGGCUGCCCGCGGCAAGACCAUGGUGGGCGGUCGGUGGAAGUAG